AUGCCCCUCCCCGCCUACGGUGACCUGAGCAAGGCCGCCAACGACCUCAUCAACAAGGACUUCUACCACACCCAGGCCGGCAUGUUGCACCUUCCAGCCAACCUUGAGGUCAAGCUCAAGGCUCCCAAUGGCGCCAACGUCACCGUCAAGGGCAAGCAGGCCUUCGACGGUGCCACCACUGCCUCUCUCGAGGGCAAAUACACUCUUAAGCCCCAGGGUAUCACCGUUACCCAGGGCUGGACCACCGCUGCCCUCCUCGACACCAAGGUUGAGUUCGCCAGCCUCAUGUCUCAGCCCGUCAAGGCCGAGUUCCAGAACCUCUUCAACCCCAACGCCCCCAGCAAGGCCGCCCAGAAGCUCAACUUGACCUUCAAGCAGCCCAACCUCCACGCCCGCGCUUUCCUCGACCACAGCGCUGCUGGUAACAUCAACGCCCUCAUUGACGCCACUGUCGGCCACGAGGGUUUCGUUGCCGGUGCUGAGGCUGGCUACGACGUCUCCAAGGCCGCCAUCACCCGCUACAGCGCUGGUCUCGGCUACCAGGCCCCUACCUUCACCGCCUCCCUCAUUGCCAUGCAGAACCUGAGCGUUCUUGCUGCUUCCUACUACCAGAAGGUCAACUCCAACGUUGAGGCUGGUGCUAAGGCCACCUACGACCUCCAGGGUGGUAAGAGCGUCGGUCUUGAGGUUGCCUCCAAGUACAAGCUCGACCCCCUGUCCUUCGCCAAGGCCAAGAUCAACGACCGCGGUAUUGCUGCCCUUGCCUACAACACCAAGCUCAACGCUGGCACCACCUUCGGUGUUGGUCUCUCGCUCGACACCAACAAGCUCAACGAGGCUGGCCACAAGAUCGGCACCAGCUUCGUCUUCGAGGGUUAA